UAAGAUUCCAGUGCAGAGAUUUCCAGGCCCUGCCAACCCGGCAUGAAAACUCCUGCAACGCCAGUCUCAUGCAACUUUGUCCCCGACUAUUAAAAGCAAUAACCUCAGCCAUCAUCGCUGGUGGAGCUAUUUCCAAGCAGCUUUAAAGAAAACCUGCAGAUUUACUGACAGAGCCUAAUAAGAUCAACAUUGCACCAUGUGGGUGACAAACCUGGUAUCCCUGGUCCUCCUGGCCUCCGCAGCCUCUGCUGCCACCUCAGCGUCUGCAGACAAAGUCCUGAGUAACCACGCCACCAUCCUGGCUGACAACAGUGCUAACCUAGCUUUCAGUCUCUAUCAAAACAUGGCGAAGGAGAAGAAUGUAGAAAACAUCAUCAUUUCCCCCGUAGUCGUGGCCUCCUCUCUGGGUCUGGUGGCUCUUGGGGGCAAAGCUUCCACGGCCUCUCAGGUGAAAACCAUUCUGAACGCAGCAAAGGUUAAAGAUGAGCAGCUGCACUCAGGCCUCGCUGAGCUCCUGACUGAGGUGAGCGACCCUAAGACCCGUAAUGUCACCUGGAAGAUCAGCAACCGCCUGUACGGACCCAGCUCUGUCAAGUUUGUGGAUGCUUUUGUGAAGAGCAGCAAAAAGCACUACAACUGUGACCAAUCCAAGAUCAACUUCAGGGACAAAAAGAGCGCCUUGAACUCCAUCAACGAGUGGGCUGCCAAAUCUACUGACGGCAAACUACCAGAGGUCACCAAGGACGUAGAGAAGACUGACGGGGCAAUGAUCAUCAAUGCCAUGUUCUUCAAACCUCACUGGCACGAGCAAUUCCAUCAUAAGAUGGUGGAUAACAGAGGAUUCAUGGUGUCCCGUGGCUUCACUGUGUCAGUGCAGAUGAUGCACCGCACAGGUCUGUAUGGCUUCUAUGAAGACAAAACCAAUAAGCUGAACAUCCUGAACAUGCAUCUGGCUCAUAAGAAGUCCUCUGUAUUGUUCAUCAUGUCGCAUCAUGUGGAGCCUCUGGAGAGGCUGGAGAAGAUGCUGACCAAAAAGCAGCUGGAUACCUGGAUGAGUCAACUGCAGGAGACAGCUGUCGCUGUGUCUCUGCCCAAAGUCAGCAUGGAAGUCAGUCACGACCUGCAGAAACAUCUGAGUGACAUGGGCCUGACAGAAGCUGUGAACAAAUCCAAAGCUGACUUGUCCAACAUCUCUGGUAAGAAGGACCUGUACCUGUCCAAUGUGUUUCACGCCUCUGCCAUGGAGUGGGACACUGAUGGGAAUGAGAUGGACUUGAGCAUCUUUGGCACGGACAAGCUGAAAAACCCCAAACUGUUCUACGCCGACCAUCCGUUCAUCUUCCUGGUGAAGGACCAGAAGACAAACUCCAUCCUGUUCAUUGGCAGGAUGGUCCGGCCCAAGGGUGAAAAAAUGAGGGAUGAGUUGUAACCUCAUGUUGAGCUGAAUACUAAAUUAAAAUCCUAACUGCUCAUGGCAAGCCCUUUUGACAAAGAAUCAGCAGAACUAGAAAGAGGAGAUAGUGUUGAGACUCAAGGAAUGGCAUUUCAUCAUGUCAGAUAGUCACUGUUACUUGUGUAGAUACAGUCUUUUGGCGUGUUGCAAAUAUAUUUUCAUAUAAAAGACUACAUUUUUAUGUGUCAAAACCAAAACUGACUUACACACAUCUUCAGGAUGUGAGGUUUUCCUGAUUGUUUUAGAUUUUUACAAGAUAUGCUCUGAGCAGAUAAAGGCUUUAUAUAUUAUCCUUGACCCUAGCACGUGUGCCUGAAGAUGGCCACCGUGGCUUCCCAUUUAAAACAAAUGUAACCCAAAGAACAUAUAUUCAUUUUGGAUCCUUAAGCAAAACAUCAGAGCUAUGUACAAGACUUGUUUGGACUAGUUACAGUUUGUUUAUAUCUUAAAGUUGAUACUUGUGUUCUCACAUGAAGACUAAUCCUAAACCUACAAUUGAUAUCUACAUUUCCUUUUUGUGUCUGCUGUUUGAAUGUAAAGAGGGCUUGCCAUAGACUGAGAGUGAAUGCACAUUCCCUCUGCAGUCUGUAGAGAGAAAUAAGACAUGUUUUGUUUGAUAUCACUUUAGUGCAUUCCUUAAAGUCAAAAGACAACAGCAUUCCUCAAAACCUGACUGAAGAGAUGUGGUUGAACAUUUCAUCCUGUGUGUUAGUGAGCAAAACAUCGUGCACACCUUCAUUGUAGCUUGAAGAAUAUUUGGUAUCACCCAGUGGCGUUUUAUGUAUCAGAAAAUCACAAUACAGACUGAAGACUUACAUUAAGUUUGAUUCCCCAGAGGAAUGUCUGAAAUGUGCACCAGAGUGUUUGAAUCAAUCUUCUCCUAUUGUCAUGUCUUAACUUUUGUAAAAGAUGUUCAAUGAUCUUACUUUUUAAAGGAUUAACUGGUGCUCGCUGUAGAAUUCUACCAAACAUAUUUGAUUCAGCUAAAUAUGGCCACAUUAGAUUUGUAAAUUACAGAAACCUCCCCCAUGCUUUGCACUGCUUUCCACCAAAAAGCCACAUUUGUUUUUCUUGCUUUAAAUAAAGCUAAAUGCACUGAUCUACACUGGUAAACCAAGUUAUGGUUGUAUUAAUAAAGACUAUCUCUGCAUCAGUGUGCACACAUGGAUUGAUAAAUUCAACAUGUGAAUGGUGUUUUGACUGCAACAAAAUUCAGGUUUUUGAAAUAAAGAUGUUAAAAAAGUGUCA